AUGGCGCAAAAUAGACAUUGGUACGUUGUUCCCUACCCAUCACCAUACCGCCACAAUGCAUCAACUAAUACGCAGCCCAGGGAACAAGACAAGGAAGCGACAAUCUACAUAGGCAACAUUGACGAGCGCGCCACGACGGCAACAAUCUACGAAAUCAUGCUCCAAAUGGGCCCCAUCCACAACAUCCACAUGCCGCGUGACCGUGUCACUCAGAAUCACCAAGGCUUCGGCUUCGUCGAGUUCCGCACGCCCUCGGACGCCGAGUACGCGGCCAACGUCAUGAACGGCAUCAAGCUGUUUGGCAAGUCGCUGCGCGUGAACAAGGCGUCGGCCGACAAGCAAAAGGGCGCUGACAUUGGCGCCGAGCUCUUCAUCGGCAACCUCGAUCCCAUGGUGGACGAGAAGCUCCUCUACGACACCUUCUCCCGCUUCGGGCCGCUACUGAGCCUGCCCAAGGUGGCCAGGGACGACAGCGGCAUGAGCAAGGGCUUCGGCUUCGUCAGCUUCGGCGACUUUGAGAGCAGCGACGCCGCCGUCGCGAACCUGGACGGGCAGUACAUGCUCAGCAAGGAGGUCAGCGUGCAGUACGCCUUCAAGAAGGACGGCAAGGGGGAGCGCCACGGCGACGAGGCCGAGAGAGAGCUGGCGAAGCAGGCCAAGAAGCGCAACAUUGUGCCCGAGGCCCAGGCCCUGCCGGCGUUUGUGACGCAGCAGAGCCAGCCUCAGCAACCGCCGCCGCCGCCGCCUCAGCAGCAGCAACAGCAACAGCAUCAACAGCAUCAACCACCACAGGGCGGUCAGCAGCCGCCUGUUCCCGCCGGUUUCGACCCAGGCGCUGACAUUGGCGCCGUGCUCUUCAUCGGCAACCUCGAUCCCAUGGUGGACGAGAAGCUCCUCUACGACACCUUCUCCCGCUUCGGGCCGCUACUGAGCCUGCCCAAGGUGGCCAGGGACGACAGCGGCAUGAGCAAGGGCUUCGGCUUCGUCAGCUUCGGCGACUUUGAGAGCAGCGACGCCGCCGUCGCGAACCUGGACGGGCAGUACAUGCUCAGCAAGGAGGUCAGCGUGCAGUACGCCUUCAAGAAGGACGGCAAGGGGGAGCGCCACGGCGACGAGGCCGAGAGAGAGCUGGCGAAGCAGGCCAAGAAGCGCAACAUUGUGCCCGAGGCCCAGGCCCUGCCGGCGUUUGUGACGCACGACCAGAGCCCCCGCCCCCCGCCGCCGCCGCCGCCUCAGCAGCAGCAACAGCAACAGCAUCAACAGCAUCAACCACCACAGGGCGGUCAGCAGCCGCCUGUUCCCGCCGGUUUCGACCCAGUCAUGAUUCCACCUCCGCCCGCCGGGUUGGGCGGCCAUGCGAUGCCUCCAAUCGCGGCGCAUCACCACGCGCCGCCCCCGCCGCUGCCGCCAACCUUCCACCGCAACCCUCCUUUCAGCGCAAACCCUCCUCAUUCUCAAGCUCGAUCGUCGGUUCCCCUGCCUCCCCCGCCCACCACAGGACCCCCGGCUCGGCCGCCGCAGAGUCAGAACUACACCAACCCUGCCGACUUUCACCCCGGCGCAUUCCGACCCCCCUCCGGAUCACCAACCCCCCCAGGAUACCCCGUGGCACCACCUCCUGGCUUCCCAGCCGCACCACCAGGAGUCCCGGGACAGCAAGGACCGCCAGGAGCAGGGCCACCUGGGUUCAUGCCACCGCCCGGAUUCCAACCUCCUCCAGGCUUCGGACGUCGCUGA